AUGAAGAUGAACCAUUCAAUUUCAAGAUUUCGCCCCGCCUCGUGGUUCGAAAAGACGAAGAUAAUUCCGCCUCAGGUAUACAUUUUUAGGAACUUAGAAUAUGGACAAGUGCUAUAUUCUCAAUUUCCUAACUUUUCGCAAAAGCAGGUGGACAAACUAUUUAUGAGACCAAACUGGAGCAACAGAAAACCAUCAUUGAGAAGGGACAUUUGGAAAUGUAUGUGUGUAGUGAACUUGCAAAAUUACGAGCAGAGUGUACAUCUGUACCAGAACCUUUGCCGGUUGAGAUAUCUACGUGAUGUGGCACAACGCAAAAAGAGCGACAAGCUAAGAAAAAAGGACUCUAACGGACAUGUUUGGUACAGUGGACAGUACAGACCUACAUAUUGUCAAGAAGCGGUGGCAGACUUACGAGAAUCGUUGUUAAAGGUGUUUGAAAGUUCUGCACAACCGGAAAAGCAGACACCAUCCGUCAAAAAACCCUCGAUAUACUGGGAGGAUCCGUGGAGGAUGGGCGACAAGGACAAACAUUGGAAUUACAACGUGUUCAAUGCUUUGGGGCUGGAACACAAGCUUAUUGAGCGUGUAGGGAACAUCGCGAGGGAAGAAAGCGUAAUUCUGAAAGAACUAGCUAAGCUCGAAUCACAUCCUACGGAGCAGACAGAAGUGUCUUCACAGUAA